AUGACCCCUUGCCGAGGCAACCUCUGUGCUACAAACUGCCUGGCAGCCCCGUGGGUGUGUCUGAUCACUCAGGGUGAACCCCAGAAGUCAUGCUCCAAGCCUGUAGCAGAGAAAGUCACAGAGAGCUGCCAGCAAAUUUGCCAGUGCAGGCCACCUCCACCGUUACCACCGCCUCCUCCACCUCCACCGCCCCCAAGGUUGCUAGUGGUGCCGACUCCCAAGUCUACCUUUUGUCCCACUGAAGAGACCUGGUGGCCAGGCCUGGUUAUUAUCAUUGCAGUAUGCUGCGCCACACUAGUGUUCCUCUUCGUAGUUGUCAUCAUUUGCUACAAAGCCAUCAAAAGGAAACCAAUGCGAAAAGAAGAGAACGGAACCAGUCGUGCUGAAUAUGCAAUGACCUCCUCCCAAAACAACAAAACAGUUGAUAACAAUGCGGUCGUAUAA